AUGGCUGCCGAUGAGGAAACCAUUGCGCCCGUUUCGGCGGUUGCCAAGAAUGAAGAUAUCACCAAGGCGGGCGAAAAGGAUGGCGUCCCCAUCAGGGUGGUCUCGAUCGACAAUGGCCGAAUUCUCGAUAGCGCCGAGCCCGAGAAGGUUUACUACAGCAAGGUGUCUGUCUGGUUCAUGGUUCUCUUCUCGGGCCUGGCUAUAGGCUCGGACGGAUACAAUGCCGGCGUGAUUGGAAACCUGGAGCUGCUCCUAGCCGUCCUUUAUCCCGAUACUCUCACCAAUUCCAUAUACACGCGUCUUUCCAACUCCUUUCUGAUCGGCAUGAUCCUCGGCAUGCUCAGCUUCGGAGUCGUGGUCGACCAGCUGGGCCGAAAGGCCGGUGCCGUUGCCACGACCAUCAUCCUCGUUCUCGGCAUCGUCCUGUCCACGGCCGCCAAUGGGACGACGCCCACGGGCCUGCUCUGGAUGCUCAUUAUCGCUCGUGGUGUAGCCGGCUUCGGCGCCGGGGGAGAAUAUCCCGUGUCGGGUGCCGGUGCCGUCGAGGCGACAGAUGAGCACGACAAGUACCGCAAGCGCCGUGGCUUCAUGUUCGCCAUGCUUGCCGACCUGUCCUCUAGCCUGGGCUACGUCUGGGGUGGCCUCGUUCCCCUGCUGCUUCUGCUGUGCGUGGACCAGAAGGAGAGCAAAUACCACAUCGUGUGGCGGACGUCGUUUGCCCUCGGCCUGGUCCCCCCUCUGGCCAUCUUCUGGUUCCGCAUGCGCAUGGCCGUCUCGACCGCGUACCGUCGCUCGGCCAUGCGAAAGCAGCGCACGCCGUAUUGGCUCGCGGCCAAACGCUAUUGGCGGUCUCUGAUCGGGGCUGCGGCCACUUGGUUCUUGUACAACUGGAUCAGCAUUCCCUUUGGCAUCUUCAGCUCGACCAUCAUCUCGCGCAUGAACGAAAGUGAUAGUCUGGUCAAGAACCUGGGCUGGGGCAUCGUCAUCAACUGUUUCUACAUCCCUGGUCCCUUCAUCGGAGGCUAUCUCUCGGAUCGGAUCGGCAGGAGACAGACAAUGGCUCUCGGCUUCGGUCUGCAGGCCGUCCUCGGCUUUGUCCUCGGUGGUGCCAUGGGUCCUAUCCAGAGCGUCUUCCCGCUAUUCAUCGUUCUGUACGGCAUCUUUUUGACCCUUGGCGAGGUUGGCCCAGGAAGUACGGUCGUCAUCACUGCAUCCGAAUGUUUCCCCACUUCAAUCAGAGGCCAAAUGAUGGGAUUUGUUUCGGCUUGGUCCAAGGCUGGAGCCGCCAUCGGAACCCAGGUCUUCACGGCCAUCCAAAAUUCGUACUCGGAUAGUUCGUCCAAGGGAGACCAGGUCGCAUUUCUUGUCGGCUCGGCGUUUGCCGUUCUCGGCGCACUUGUAGCGUACUUUGUCAUUCCUGACGUUUCCACGCGGCUCGAUGACGAUGAUCAGGCUUGGAAGCAAUAUCUUGCCGACAAUGGAUGGGAGGCAGACUGGGGCGAUCAUGAGACAAGGGAUCCCACUGGUGUGGUUUUAAAUCAAGUUGUGUCCUAA